UAAUUAAGUGUAACUAGCUAUAGCUAGGAGAGCCAUCCAGUUUAGAAAGUCCUUGAGUAUGGAGAAACUUCCUUAAGUCCUUGCAAUCAUAAUGCAAAUAAAUAAUAACAAGAAAAAGUUUCUCUAAAGUUAAUUUACACACACAAGAUAUUUAUAUAAGCAAAACUCCUCCAUUUCCUCCCUACCCCUUUCUUCUUUCUCCCUCAGCUCCUUCCAAAAUGAAGUUCCAAGUUAUAGAGCUUCUCUUUGGUAAAAGCACCCCAAAACAAAUGAUCCCAAAAGUGACUUUGCUUGCAGUGUUUGCCGUACUGUUAUUCACUGUCACACCACUUUCCUACCCUUUGUUUAGAUACUCUUCUUCAUCAUCAUCUUUGAAGAGCAAUAAGCAAUUAUCCAAGAAACCAUCAUCAGCAUUUGAUGAUCUGAAUGAGUCAGCAAGCUUGCCUUCAACUUCCAUAAAGAAGUGUGACAUUUUCACUGGGGAAUGGGUCCCAAACCCAAAGGCUCCAUACUACACAAACAAAACAUGCUGGGCUAUUCAUGAGCACCAAAACUGCAUGAAGUAUGGUAGAACAGACUCUGAGUUCAUGAAGUGGAAGUGGAAGCCAAAUGGAUGUGACCUUCCUGUGUUCAACCCCUUCCAGUUUCUUGAGAUAAUGAGGGGAAAAUCCAUGGCAUUUGUUGGAGACUCAGUUGGCAGAAAUCAAAUGCAGUCCAUGAUUUGCCUCUUAUCAAGGGUGGAAUGGCCCAUAGAUGUAUCAUACAAAAGAGAUGACUACUUUAUGCGGUGGAAGUACCCAAGUUACAACUUCACCAUGGCUGCUUUUUGGACAACUCACUUAGUGAAAUCCAAAGAAGCAGAUGCAAAGGGUCCAGGCCCAACAGGCCUUUGCAACCUUUACCUUGAUGAGCCAGAUGAGAAAUGGAUAACCCAAAUUGAAGAUUUUGACCAUGUCAUUCUCAAUGGAGGACAUUGGUUUACAAGGUCAAUGGUGUUCUAUGAGAAACAAAAAAUUGUUGGAUGCCACUAUUGCCUCUUAGAAAAUGUUCCUGACUUAACCAUGUACUAUGGCUACAGAAAGGCUUUUAGGACUGCAUUUAGAGCCAUCAAUAGAUUAGAGAACUUCAAAGGGACAGUGUUUCUUAGGACAUUUGCUCCAUCUCAUUUUGAGAAUGGGUUGUGGAAUGAGGGUGGGAAUUGCAUUAGAACUAAGCCAUUUAAGAGCACUGAGACACAAUUAGAGGGCCUCAAUUUGGAGUUUUAUAUGAUUCAAUUGGAGGAGUUCAAAAUUGCGGAGAAAGAAGCCAGAAAGAAGGGUUUGAAAUAUAGGCUAUUUGAUAUCACACAAGCAUCAUUGUUGAGACCAGAUGGUCAUCCAAGUAGAUAUGGGCAUUGGCCUAAUGAAAAUGUGACACUGUACAAUGAUUGUGUGCAUUGGUGCUUACCUGGGCCUAUAGACACAUGGAGCGAUUUCUUACUAGGAAUGUUGAAGAUGGAGGGUGUGAGAUCAGCUGAAGAGAGGCUUCAUUUGCAUUCAAAUUGACAAAUGAAAUUGAUUGCAUACAUUUAUCAAUUUUUUACGUAAUCUUGCUUGUAAUUGUAAACUUCCUUGCGUGCAUUGUAAAUCUUUUUUUAAUUGAGAUCAAAUUCGUUUCACCCCUGCUUA